AUGGAAGGAAUCCAGGUUGCUCAAUAUGUAAGUGAUUUAUCAGAUGAAGAAGUUUAUAAAGAAAAAGCUGUGUUUGAUAAUGCUGGUGAAGCCGAAGCAUCACUUGGUAACGCAUGCUCACCUGAAUCAUCAAGGUCGCCACCUCCACUUAAUUCAACAGCGUCAACAAAUAGUUAUCAGUCUAUAGUAUCAUCACCAACCGAAUCAUCACCAUCAAAUCGUUCAUAUCUUCGUUUAAAUAAAUCUUUAUUUCCAUCGAUUUCAGUAUCAAAUCAAUUAACACAACGUUCAUCACCCAAAUCUUCCGUAUCAACACCUACAAGUGCUGAUUCAAUAAAACGUAGCUUUUUUCGUUUUAAUUCAACAUCAUCAAAUAGUGGAAAUAGUUCCACAAAUCUAAAGAGUUCUUCAAGUGCAAAUUUAAUUAUGGGUCAAACAGGUAGUAAUGUUAAACGAAGUCAAAGUGAUAUACAAACAUUUCUUGAUAAAGAAAAAGAAAAAUUUAUUGAAAAAAUUGAAAACCCUAUUAAACAAAAUGCUCGUUUAGAAGAUUUUGAGUUAAUACGUACGAUUGGUACAGGUUCAUUUGGUCGAGUAUUAUUAGUUACACAUCAUGAUAGUUCAAAUGAAAAAAUAGCUUUAAAAAUACUUGAUAAACAAGUUGUUGUUAAAAUGAAACAAAUUGAUCAUACAUUAGCAGAAAAGAAAAUUCUGCAAGCUUUAUCAUGUCCAUUUAUUGUUAAACUAUUGUAUACAUUUAAAGAUAAUUCUUAUUUAUAUUUGGGACUUGAAUAUGCACCCGGUGGUGAAAUGUUUACACAUUUACGUGCUUAUGGACGUUAUACAGAAGAUAUGACAAGAUUUUAUGCUGCACAAAUUGUACUUGCUUUUGAAUAUCUUCAUCAUUUGGGUGUUAUAUAUAGAGAUCUUAAACCAGAAAAUUUACUUUUUUCUGCUGAUGGUUAUUUAAAAAUGACGGAUUUUGGUUUUGCAAAACGUGUUAAAGAUCGAACAUGGACAUUAUGUGGAACACCAGAAUAUCUUGCUCCAGAAAUUAUUCUCAGUCGUGGUUAUAAUAAAGGUGUCGAUUAUUGGGCAUUAGGUGUACUUAUGUAUGAAAUGAGUGCUGGUUAUCCACCAUUUUUUGCUGAUCAACCUAUACAAAUUUAUGAAAAAAUUGUAUCCGGUCGUGUUCGUUUUCCUAAUCAUUUUACUGUUGAUCUUAAAGACUUACUUAAAAAUUUACUUCAAGUUGAUUUAACACGUCGUUAUGGUAAUUUAAAACCUGGUGUACGAGAUAUAAAAGAACAUCGUUGGUUUAAAGAUACAGAUUUUAUAGCUAUCUAUGAAAAAUCUAUUCCAGCACCAUUUAUACCACGAACCGAUAGAGAAAAUUAUGAAAUAUAUGAAGAACAACCAUUGACAUCUUCAUAUGUUUAUGAUAAAUUAGUAACAACAUCGUGUCUUAUAUAUUUAUUUUAUCAUUUAGGCUCUGCAUGGUCUCCAGGUGGACAACAAAUGGUUGCUUUAGGGUUAACAUUUAUUAUUGUUAUAUUACGUAUGUCUUCUUGUUUUGUUUGCUUUUCUUUUGUUGAUCGAAAUGGAAACAUACGUGCUAAUGAAACAAAAGAUAAGAUUAUGUGA